AUAGAGGCUACUGCGAUGGUUGGCUGUGAGGAGCCCUUCACUUCAGCCUCUCGGAGUCGGCGGUGGGAACCGGACAUGGACGCCGGGCAAUUCGUCAUUCCGAUCCUCGGCAUCGUCGGCGCCGCGGCCGCAACCUUCUACGCCGUCAGCUUCAUGGAGAUCCGGGAGAAAUCACUGGAGGACCUGGACGACAAGUACUCGGAGUACGAGGAGGGCGGCGGGCGGCAGCGCCGGGCGCGGCGGAGGUCCGGCCGCCAAGCCAAGAAGCGAAAUGACUGACUGAUACACCACCAGCCUGAGAAGUAAAGAGGAUAUGCGUGGCCUCUGUGUCGAUGUUCUUCACUUCCCCUCGUUUUGUGAGCGGCUUGAUGCUGUUAAUCCAGUCUACGUUCAAUCCGUAGCCAGAGGAAAUGGGCAUUGUUCACUAUACUGCUACUCCCUCUGUUCGGAAUUACUUGUCGCAAAAAUGGAUGUAUCUAGACGUAAUUUAGUUCUAGAUACAUCCAUUUUCGAGACAAGUAAUUCCAAACGGAGGGAGUAGUUCUUUUGGCCCUGCACUUGCAUUCAGUGCUUAUGCAUUUGAUUAUACUCCUA